GACAUUUAUUUUCAGAAACGUCAAACAAUUGUUGAAAAUCAUUUUCGUGGACGAGUAUUUUCUUAUAAAACUACAAAAUGCCUGCUGGUUCGUCCGCUAUGGAUCCUUUGAGAGAAAAGGCCUUUCAAGAUUAUAGAAAGAAAUUAAUGGAACACAAAGAAAUCGAGUCUAGACUCAAAGAUAUGAGAGAACAGUUAAAGGAUUUAACAAAACAGUAUGAUAAGAGUGAAAAUGACCUGAAAGCUCUUCAGAGUGUUGGUCAAAUUGUGGGUGAAGUUCUGAAACAAUUAACUGAGGAGAAAUUUAUUGUGAAGGCAACAAAUGGUCCACGUUAUGUGGUGGGUUGCCGCAGACAGCUGGACAAGAACAAGCUGAAGGGAGGCACGCGAGUGGCACUGGAUAUGACCACUCUUACUAUCAUGCGUCAUCUGCCUAGAGAGGUUGAUCCUUUGGUGUACAAUAUGAGCCAUGAAGACCCAGGAGAUGUGACUUACUCUGCUAUUGGUGGUCUGCAAGAACAGAUCCGACAGUUGAGAGAAGUAAUAGAGUUGCCAUUAAUGAACCCAGAGUUGUUCCUGCGAGUUGGGAUCACCCCGCCCAAGGGCUGCUUGUUGUACGGACCUCCGGGGACUGGGAAAACUUUGCUGGCGAGAGCCGUCGCUUCACAACUUGAUGCUAACUUCUUGAAGGUGGUAUCCUCAGCUAUAGUAGAUAAAUACAUCGGAGAGUCAGCGCGUCUUAUCCGGGAGAUGUUCAACUACGCACGAGAUCACCAGCCUUGUAUUAUAUUUAUGGACGAAAUUGAUGCUAUCGGUAAGCUGGACCCCGCGCUGCUGCGCCCCGGCCGCCUGGACAGGAAGAUUGAGAUACCCUUGCCCAAUGAACAGGCCAGAUUGGAGAUCCUGAAGAUCCACGCGGCACCGAUCGCGAAGCACGGAGAGAUGGACUACGAAGCGGUAGUUAAACUAUCUGAUACCUUCAAUGGCGCUGAUUUACGUAAUGUUUGUACUGAAGCUGGAUUAUUCGCGAUUCGAGCUGAAAGAGAAUAUAUUAUUCAGGAGGAUCUUAUGAAGGCUGUGCGGAAAGUCGCCGACAACAAGAAGUUAGAGAGCAAACUCGACUACAAACCGGUUUAAACUGGCAU